AAGGCGCCGGGGCUGGAUGGCAUCCCGCCCGACCUGUACCGCCGCUUCCGUGCCCCCUUUGCUCCCAUUCUUGCCGGCCUCUUUUCUGCCGUCGCCUCCACCGGCGCCCUGCCCCCGCGCUUUCAUGAGGGCCUCAUCACCUUCCUCUUCAAGGCGGGCGACCGCUCUGACCCUGCCCAUUACCGUCCCAUCACCCUGCUGGGCGCUGAGUACCGCAUCUACGCCCUGAUCCUUGCCCGCCGCCUGGGCCCCUGCCUGCCCCACAUCAUCGAUCCUGAGCAG